AACUUGAACUUGGAGCUUCUAGCCCAGAAGGAAGUGACACUACCACUGUGCCACAAAGUUUUCUGACAAUUGAAAUUAACAACUCAAUAUCAGUGUGGGUUUUCGGAGCUUUCCCCCUUCGUCACACUUCGAAAGCUUAUGAUUUCAAAUAAACUAGUUGUCGUCUGACUUCUGACGCCAGUCCAACACCGGCACCCCCACACCAAGAUGCUGCCUGAUCUGAGUUUCUCCAGCAUUCUCUAUUCAUUGGGGAAAAAAGGGCGAUUCUUCAAAUAAUAUGAACGAAAAAUUUAAACUCCCUCUAUGAUCAGAAAAAAAACUGAAGACAUUAUUUAAGUAGAAUGAACGGAAAAACGAGGAUUUAAAUAUUGAACCGGCAAUAAUCACGCCUCUGCUGGUUAACGGCCACAACGGCGGGGUCAAAGUUCGGUUGGUACCAUCAUGGCGUCGGAGCCGAGGCGAAACCCGGGUGGGAGACGCUUAAGGAGCCGGCGGCGAGAGGGCUCGAGCGAGGUCAGUGUUAACAGUAAGAUGGGAGUCUCGGACAUUGAAGGGACCCUCAAGAGAAAAGCAGUGUUGCAAGAGGCUUUGAGGAAGAAACGUGAAUGUGAGGCAAAAGCCCUUCGUGUUGUUGAACAACUGCUUGAAGUAAAUGUUACAGAAGAAUUUCUGUUGGAUUGUAUACAGUUUAUUACUGUAGUCCAUUAUAAGGAUAUUGUGGAAGAGCGUUCCAUAAUUAAACAGUGUGGCUAUCCUAUUUGUCAAAAUAAACUUGAGAAUGUACCUAAACAGCAAUAUAAAAUAUCUACCCACACUAAUCGAGUUUAUGACAUUACUGAAAGAAAGUGUUUUUGCAGCAAUUUUUGCUACAAAGCUUCCAAAUAUUUAGAAGCUCAGAUUCCAAAGAGCCCAUUAUGGUCACGGGAUCAAGGAAGAUCUUCAGAAUGCUGGUUGUUAAAGGAACAAAGAGGUAGCGCUGGCGAAGAAGUGCAGCUUCAAAGUUCAAGCAUCCAUGUGUCAGAUAUCGAUAAUCCUCUCUUUUCAGAAGAUCAGGAUGUGUCUGCCUCCUCAAGUGAAAGCAGUAGCAGUGGUGACUCUGACCAAGAGUUUGUUUCCAACAUAAUUUUGGGAAAAAAGUGUAGUUCAAAAGCUUCAACAAAGAAACCGCUCAAAAAAAAGCAACCAGAAGCAAAACCUAAGAAAAUAGUACCAGUGCCAAAACAUUCAGAAAUGGAUUAUAAAGUAGACAAUGUUGUACAAAAGUUGAAGAAAUGCCAUGUUAAGAAUACUGAGAUAUCAAGUUUUAGGCCAUCCCACAGUGGAAAAAGUGAACAAUCAACCUUUGCGCCAGAAGAGAAAUGCUCCCUGACAUCAGAGCAAAACUUGACUCUGAUGACAACAUUGAAAGAAAAUGAAAACAUUGUGGGAAUUAAAAACUUUACAACGCAGUGCUUAAGCAAGAAGGGUGCUGCAUCACUGAAGAUGCUGGUAGCAAAAUCAAAACUGUUGAGCCAUUCUAGUUCAGGUGUUGACCUGUCAGGUAAAAAUAAUGUGCUAAAAUUGCUAAGACAAACACUAAAUGAAUGGAGGACAGAAGAAACAUCAAGAUUUCUUUAUGGUUCCAAUUCAAAGUACACAAAAGAGUCACCAGAAUGGCCAAGUUUAACAUCUUGUGUAACUGAGCAAGAAGAACUUGAUGAAGAUGACUUGGACAGUCUGGAAGUGGUUGAAAUUUCUAACUCUAAUGAAAAUGCUGGAGACAGUGACUUGACCAAAGAUGUACUAGUUGGAAGGUCAGAAACCACUGCAAGACCAUUACCAAAUUUUGAACAACUAAAACAGAAAUCUAAAUUUCUUCAUCUGAGGGUCAGAGAGUUUUAUAAGGGGCAGUAUGUGUUGCCUGAGGACAUUGAACGUAAUUGUGAUGAAAAUCAUCAAUCUGUAAAUUAUGUGCAGGGAAAUGAAGGGGAGGAUCCAGUUCUUCCAUUGUUGGAUUUUGCUGCACAGCAACAGAUCCGCAAGCAGAUUGUGCUGGAUAGACUUCACAAAGUUUUACCGGAGUUAUUGGGACCGCUGCAACUUGGCAUGUCUGAUGUGUCCUGCGCACUAAAUUCUCUUGUAAAAACUUUCAGGCUAACUAAUACAAACAUCAUUCACAAAAUUCCAGAAUGGACUUUAAUUGCAGUUGUGCUGCUUUCAGUGCUAGCUGUGAAGAUUUCAGCAUUAGAGGAAGCACUGCAGAAGCUCACUUCAGAACUGUUUAUGUCUACACUUAUGGAAGAGGUUCAUAUCCAGAGUGAAGACCUGGAAAACCUGAAAAAUAUUUUCAAAUGCCAUGACAAUAGAUAAUGAUCAGAUUGCCAAGAAGAUUGGACACGUUUGAUAUUUUGUUCCAAUGGAGACCCAGGUUCCAUCUAACCAACAGAAUUAAUAAGAACUGUUUUUGAAAAAUAUAAACAUUGUGUUUCCAUGAUACAAAACUUAUACUUUAAUUAAAAUUAACGUACUGGUUAUGUUUAAGGUACUUUAUUUCAAAAAGUAAAUCAUGUUAGAACGCAAAAUCUAAAUAAACAUAUUUGUCAUCUGCUAUUGUGUUAUGUGUUAUGAGUAAUUAUAUUGUGUUAUGUAUUAUGAGUAAUUAUAUUGUGUUAUGUGUUAUGAGUAAUUAUAUUUGACUGUUGAUGGGAAAAGUAACAACAACUUGUGCUUCAUGUUGCACAGAAAUUAAUUUGGAUACAUUGCUCAAUCAUUUAUAAAACUGAACAAUAACAAUAGCAAGAAAGAAAAUUACCCUAUUGCAAAAGUGUAACUCUGAUACGCAUUUAAGAUUCUCCAACACACUAAAAUCUGUAUGUCCCAUCAUAAGUGCAAUUCCUCAUCCAUUCACCAAAUUACUGUUAAAAGCUCUUCUAGAGAAGGGCACAGUCUUGCUAGAGAUCUGAUUUUUACUGCAUGUGAGGAAUUGUGGGCUUUUCCGUGAACACACACAACAGUAACACUGAAAUGAGGAGAAUUCUUAUUACUCGUGGCACUCUAUUUAAAAAUCAUUCAAGAACACAUUUAAUCACAAAAGAUCCAGUCAUCUAAUCCCCUUCUUAUCCAGCUCAGUAAUUUUAUACCUUUUUAAAUAAUCUAUUUUCCUAGCACCAUAGUAUCAGGAGAGACAUCCAAAAAAAAGGCUUCAGAUUGUGGGAUCAACUUUAAAGGAUUUUAAUUUUCUGAUUUGCAUUCCUUGGUGAAUGCAUUUGUACACUGUUCUCUUGAUCUCAACUUAUUACUUUGAUAGGUAGAAAUUUGUUGUUAGUGAAUAUUUCAGUUUACACAUCAAGGAUCUUCCAGGAAGCAAUAUCAUUAAUUGAUUUUUGUUCCCCCCCGCCCCCCGGCCAGUCUUUAAUUAGUUCUUCCUUUUUGUUCAGUUUCAGAGAAUUGUUAUCACACCAUUUUUUGAGCAUUUCCUACAGUUUACUUUGCUAUUUCUUUUGAGAUUUAAAGGUACUAUAUCAGCAUACUUAAUGUCCCCAUGCUCUGAUCAACAUUCACUCAUAAAGAGGAUGAUAAGCAAAGGCGAAAGUAUCCAAUCUGAGGAGUCUAAUAUUUGCUAAUGUGCUCUGAGUAAACUUUGGAGAUGAGCAACAGCAAUGUAAGGCUAAUAAACAAGAUAUACAUCAGAUUGUCAUGAAGUUCUAAGACUGUACCACUUAUCAUAUUCCACCUUCAUGUCUCAAUUGUGAUGGAAUUUGUCAAUUCUGGAUUGGGCAAGUUUUUGAGCGCACACCUCAAAGGAGCACAAAACCAAAAGGUGCAUCUCAGCCUAAAAGCAAGUUGAGGUUACCAGCUGCAUUUGCAGUCGUGAGAAUAAAUAUAUUAAAUGUCUUAAUGAUAUAAAAGUGUUUUUUUUUCCCCUUUUUAUAUGUCCAUGUGAUUUUUGUAACGAGAUACAUGUGACAAUAAAUAAUAGUGAAAUGUGUUGUAUAGUGUUGCCAAUGUCCAGCACCAUCUUAAAACGUAAAAAUGAAUCAAAAUAAAGAAUAUCUAAAGGCAGAAAAAUAAUGAAAGUGUCCAACUUCUCACACCCUCUUGUUAAAUGUUCCAUCAAAGGCCAUGGGCCUGGUGGCCAGGCAUGAGUCCCUUCGUCUUGCUGCCACUGCUGCAACAAAAGUCACCACUCUUCAGUGCUAUCUCACCUCCACUGGUGAUCAGUUAUUGCACCUGAAAUAUUAACUGUUUCUCCAUCCACGGGUCCAGUCAGAACUGUUGCUGCAUGCUUUCAGCAUUUGGAUUAUUUUCCAAUAACCAGAAUGUUUUAGAACUGCAGUUGUAAUUUCUGUAAAAUUACGAUUAAAUUUUCACAUUUUUAUCUUUUGGUCUUUUCACAUAAUGGGCCGAAUGGCCUACUUAAAUAGAAAGGGUAUGGUUGUAGUAUUUCUUGUUAUUUAAAGUAGCGUUUUGCCUUCCAAUGAUUUUGAUUGGACCUAUCUGACUAAAAUACUUAUUGAUUAUUUGCAUGAUUAAAUUGUCCCUGUUCUCUACAUCUUCUGAUCCAAGAGGAAGAAGGAUCAAUCUAUAAACACCUAACAAUGGUAGAACACAAUAAAUCAGGAGAUAAUGAGGGCAUGUGACAAAAGCAAUAUAUUAAUCAUGGGUUACUGAUCUUUGUGUAGAUUCGGAAAGUCAGAUUGGCAGAGGUAGACACGAGGAAGAGUUCAUUGCAUAUUCUGGACAUUUUCCAAGAAUAGCGUUUUGUAGAUUCAACCAGGGAUCAGAAUAUUUUGGAUCUGGUGAUUUGUAUGAGGUGAUUCAAUAAAUGAUCUCAGAGAAGGAGAUCCCCUGCAAAGCAUUGGUAGAAUUUAGCAUUCAAUGUAUGAGGGAGAAACUUGGGUCAGAAACAAUUAUGCUAAAACUAAGUAAGGAAAAUUUAGGAAGGAAUAAACACAGGGCUAUCUAGAGUGCACUGGGAGAGAGAUUUAGAGCAAAGUCACUUGAGGAACAAUGAGAAAUGUCAAAGAAAAUAGCUCAUGGCCCUCAAAGACAGUAAUCCCAGUAAGCUGCAUCCCAGUAAGAAUGAAGGAUUCCAGGAAUGGGGGUAAGCCAACCAUGGUUAAGCAGGCAAGUUAAGGAUAGUAUCAAAUUUAAAGAAAAAUCAUAUGUGACAAAUAUUCAUGGCAAACUGGAGGAUUAAGGAAUGACAAUAGCUGAGCAAAUGAAGAAAUGAUAAAAACAUUAUUUGUGUUAUCAUUUAUAAUUCUGUCAAUAUGCAAUAUCCUCCCAAAUCCCUCUGCUAUGUUCAGUCUGUUGGUUGCGUGUCCGCAGCGUAACUGUUCCCUAAACUGCACAUUCUAGAUUGCUGUGUAGCUGUAUACCAUAGAAUUUGGAAGACUGUUAGUCAACACUCUCCCUUUGUAUCAGAGUACAUUUAAUGAAUUGUAAACCAGGCAAAUAAAACAUUUUUGGCAUCAAAAUGUCAAGUUAAUUAAAUAGAAGACAUCAGUAAAACAGAUCUGCUACACUGUGCCUUUUAUUUGAAGACACCUAAAAAGUUUGCAUGACUAACCUUAUAGUGGAGCUCCCUUUAACCUUGUAUACAUCGGUAUCCAAAGAUAGAUUUGUCCUAAAUCAGAUUUGUGUUAGAGAUGGCAUUAAUGUACGACAAAGAUUUGGUUUGAUGCUGUCACUUUUUCAUCCUUAUAGCCUUCAUCUUAAGGUGGGAUAAAAAUGUUUAUCAGUCUAUUAGUGUUUAACAUGACAUCCACAUAUAACAAAAACCACAAGUAACUCAAGUCAUCCAAUCUUAGCUCAGCUCAGAUCUAUGCGUGAUUUAUCAGUGAGAUGCUAUACUUCUGCAAUGUCAUUAUGAUGAUGUAAAUUUUAAUACCAGUUGCUCACAAAGACCAGUUAUAUAAAUACGUAUUUGUGAUUAGAAGUGCAUGCCAUUUUCUCCUACCUCAGGCUUAACUGAGUAGUAGAACACCAUCAUAUCAAUUAUGCAAAGCAACAGGGAUAAUUCUCCAUGGAGGAGAGAAAGUUAAGGGGAUAUUUGAUAGAGUUGCUCAAAGUUGAGGGAUUUUGAUAAUGUAGAUAGGAAGAAACUUUCCACUCACAAAACGCUGAGAAACCUAAGAACCCCGACUUAAGGUAUUUGGUAAAAAGCUAGAGGAGAAAUAAGAAGAAAAAAAAGCAUAUUCGGUUAUGUGAUUAGCCUGUAAAGGUGGUACAAGCAAGUUUCAUAGUAACUCACAAAAGAGACCUGGUUUUCUCCAUUAAGGGGGAAAACUGAAGGACAAGGGGCAAAGAGCAGACUUGUGGAACUAAUCGUUAGCUCUUCCAAAUAUUUACUAAAGGUACAGGCAUGAUGGACUAAAUGGACUCCCUCUGCCCUAUUAAUUUAAGCAGGCUUGAUUCAGUUCCUCGUGGGAAUUGGCCCAACUAAAAUACUGGUACUUAAUUGGUAAUCUCCGUUAGCCUACAGAACGGUUGGGUACAAAAUGUUGAAAUUAUACACUGGUGUAGUGGAAGAUCAUCUGUUGCUGGAAGUGAUGCAGAAUAGAGAAGCUGCAAUGUAAUAAAGCUGAGUGUUUGAUGCUGACACUAGCCUAGAAGUUCAGUGCCACUUCCUUGGUGUUUAAGUGCAAUGGAAGUUUGUAACCUUCUGAUGAUGUCAGGCAAAGUGUAUAUGCAGAAUGGAGGUUUAGAAACAAAAGGUUUGGAAUCUUGUCAUUGAGAAAAAUUGUGACCUGAUCUUAUUUUGAAUGUUUUCUUCUUGUGCAUUGGUUUUAUAAAGGUAGUUUCAAUUGAACAUGUAAUCUUAUGACCUGAAACUUGGCUGUAAAUCAUCAGUAUCUAGAAAAUAAAGUGCUACAGAUCAUAAA